CUCCCCGUCGCUCUCCGCCCUCCACCACCAUUCCACCUCCGACCUCACCUCCUCCUCCUUUCCCGUCGGGACAUGGGAUCGAAGGCCUCCCCGAUGGAUCCAUUCGAAACGCUGGACAACUCGAAGAAAUCCAAUAAGCCCAAAUAUUCUAAGUUCACGCAGCAGGAGCUUCCAGCAUGCAAACCACUGUUAACUCCAGCAAUUGUCAUUUCUGCCUUCUUACUGGUUGGCAUCAUAUUUGUCCCAGUUGGUCUUGCAUCGCUUUCUGCAUCACAGGAGAUUGUGGAGCUGAUAGAUAGAUAUGAUACAAAUUGUGUGCCCAUGGCUGACAAGGUUGGGUACAUUCAGGACUCUAAGACUGAUAAAUCAUGCACAAGAACUCUAACUGUGCCUAAGCAUAUGAAGGGCCCAAUUCAAAUAUAUUACCAGAUUGGUGACUUCUAUCAGAACCAUCGACGGUACGUGAAAAGUCGCAGUGAUAAACAAUUGCGGUAUAAAAAUGCUGCACACUUGACAAAAGAUUGUGAGCCUGAAGGUUUUAGUGCUGAUGGUGCUCCAAUCGUUCCAUGUGGCCUCAUUGCUUGGAGUUUGUUCAAUGAUACAUAUACAAUUUCAGUCAACAAGAAAGUGAUUGAAGUGAAUAAAAAGGAUAUAGCUUGGCAGAGUGACAAGAACAAAAAAUUUGGCAGUGAUGUUUAUCCCAGGAACUUUCAGAAUGGAAAUCUCAUAGGUGGUGCUAAGCUAAAUGAGAGCAUACCGUUAAGUGAGCAAGAAGAUCUCAUUGUUUGGAUGAGAACUGCUGCCCUUCCAACUUUCAGAAAGCUUUAUGGCAGAAUUGAGACAGAUAUUAUGGCGAACGAUCAACUAACUGUGGUUAUACAGAACAACUAUAACACAUAUAGUUUUGGAGGGUCUAAAGCAUUGGUCCUUUCAACUACAUCUUGGAUUGGAGGCAAAAAUAAUUUCAUUGGUGUUGCAUAUCUGAUUGUAGGUGGUUUGUGCCUUUUCCUUGCACUGGUUUUCGUAGUUCUCUACAUGUUUAAGCCAAGGACUCUUGGAGACCCCUCAUUCUUGUCAUGGAAUAGGGACACCCUGGACUGUCCAAACUAAUACACUGAACCUACUCUUUGUAAACAUAUAAGAGCACCUCAAUGGAAGGACCCAUCGGCCAUUGAACUAUGCUGCAGUGCAGUCUCAGUUUGUAUCCCGCAUUGCUCACCUCAAAGAAUGACACUGCAGACAAAGGUGGAAACAGUAUUAGCCCGAUCCGGUACGGAUGUAUGUACAGACAAAAAGGAGCAAAAGUACUUGGGAACAAAAUGGAGUUGUCAUGAACUAUCUAUUCAGUUCGAGGAAAGAAAGCACAGGCAAAAAGAAAGUGAGGUUUCAUAACCUUGUUCUUUUUUUAAAAAAAGAAAGAUCAUCUUGUAGACGGUGCUAACCGAACGAAACUGAUGAUGAAGUGAAUAUUUCGGAUGCGAAAAGUUCAGAAAUGUUAUUGCUACGUUUAUUUGGAUAUAAUUUAACGUGGAUUGGUAUGUAGUAUCUGUACGUUCUUAA